AUGUUAAUACAUCCUUUUUCAUUAAUUUUUAAGGUUGCCUGGCGCCAAGUUGAAAAAGAAAAGUUUUUAACCAUUGGCACGACAACGUGGAUUAAGGAUAAUAAUUAUGUUGUACAGCAUAAAGAAGAUGAAGUAACAGAUAUAACUGUAUGGAAUUUAAAAAUUAAAAACGUGAAGACAGAAAUGGCGGGAGAAUAUGAAUGUCAGACGACUGCGAUUGCUGGUCAUUCUAGAAUUGUAUAUUUACAAGUUGUUGGUUCACCUUUAUCAAAGCCAGGAAAAAUUGAUUUUGGUCAUCUGCACAAGUAUAAAUAUUCUUCGUCGAAUUUGCGGUUAACCGGGAAUAAAUUUGUAGAACAAGGUCAUAAAAUUCAUUUAACAUGUAAUGCUACAGGUGGUGAUAGGAUACCGGAGGAAAUAGACUGGUUUAAGGACGGUGAUCUAAUAGAACCUCAUAAAUAUAGCGAUAUAAUCAUAACAAAAUAUAGAUCAUUAGAAGUGAAAGCUUUAGUGAGUGAACUUAUUGUGGAUCAUAGUGAUAGAAGUCAUGCAGGAACUUAUAUCUGUCGUUCUUCUCAGGAUAAAAUUGAUAAACUAACUGUGGAAGUUCUUGUAGCAUGGUUUAAAUUAACUAGAUCACAACAAUCGCCGAAUAUAAUCAAAAGAGCUGAAGGAAGUGAUCCAGAUCCUCGAAUCAUAUUUGGAAGCUUUCGCGCCUUAAACUAUAGUGUAUUUUUAAAGGAAAAUUAA